AAACUUCCGAGGUCCAUCAAAGUCAUAAACAUGUCUCCCCUUAAAAUACAAAUUAACUUUUUUAAUUUCUUUGCUUAUAUUAGAGAUAUUAUAAAUCUCGUACGAUCCAACGUUCAUUAAGCGUACAUGGCCCAUUUCGAUCAGAUCCUACCCGACACAUCCUCUCUCUCUCACACAGUCUCACUCUCUCUCUCUACAGUUGUUUUCAAGUAAUCUUAACUUUGCCAAACAAUCCCUUUUUUCAUUUGUCCUCUUCACUCUUUCUCUGUUUUUGAUCUCUUCCAUUGUUUGUGUUUCUUCAGAGACGAUCUGUGUUUUAAGUUUUGGUUCAGAAGGAUAUUAUUGUUGAGUAAGAGUAGUUGUGUGUGGUUUGUGGAGGUGAUAAAUGGAGCAUAAAGCAUGGCCUUGGAAGAAGAAAUCAAUGGAGAAAACGGUUGUGGAAAGCAUUGGAGAGACUGAGAAGGUUGUGGCUGAGAAGACAGAGCUAGAAAAUCGCCUUAAAAGUCUGAAUGAUAAGCUUACCUCUGUCGAGGCUGACAGCAAUAAGUAUGAGACUGCGGCGCGAGAAGCAAUUGUUGGCUGGGAGAAGACAAAAGCUGAAGUUGCAUCUCUCAAGAAGAAACUCGAAGAAGCUGUAAAUGAAAAACACAAGAGUGAGGAAAGGUCUAGUCAAACAGAUGCUGGUUUAAAAGAAUGUAUGCAGCAACUUCGUUUUGUUCGCGAGGAGCAGGAGAGAAGGAUGCAUGAUGCGUUGACAAAAGCAUCGCAGAAGUACGAACGGAGAUUGAUUGUUAUAAAGACGGAGCUGGCAGUUACUGGUAAGAAGCUUGCAGAAGCAGAAGGCGAGAACACUCAACUCUCAAAGGCUUUGUUAGCAAAGAACAAAACUGUUGAAGAUUUAAACAGAGAGAGGGAUCGAAUCGAAGUUGAUUUCAAUGCUUUGGUGAGUAGUUUAGAGUCGAAGGAAAAAGAAAACGUUUCACUGAGAUAUGAAGUCCGAGUGCUGGAGAAAGAGCUCGAGCUUCGGAAUGAAGAGAGAGAGUUUAGUCGUCGAACCGCUGAAGCAUCGCAUAAACUGCACUUAGAGAAUGUGAAGAAAGUUGCAAAGUUAGAAUCAGAGUGUCAAAGGUUACGGAUACUUGUCAGAAAACGGUUACCAGGACCAGCUGCUCUGUCAAAAAUGAGGAAUGAAGUAGAAAUGCUGGGAAGGAGAAGAGUCAAUGGAAGCCCUAACAGUCCGCUGAUUGAUUCCGAAAAGAUCAAUAACCUCUCUGAGCAAGUAUGCUUACUGGAAGAAGAGAACAAGACUCUGAGGGAAGCCUUAAACAAGAAAGUCAGUGAGCUUCAGUUCUCAAGAAAUAUGUAUUCUCGAACAGCGUCUAGACUACUAGAAUUCGAGUCUCAUGUUGAAGAAUCUUCUAAAGGCACAAACAUUGAGCCUAGACGGAGAAGCAAUGUGUCCUGUGAAGUCUCUAUUGCAUCACUAUCUGAGUUUGACAAUGAUGAUAAAGUUAGCUGUGCUGAGUCUUGGGCUUCUGCUUUACUUUCAGAGCUAGACAAUUUCAAGAACAAGAAGCAAAUGGGCUCGAGUUUGGUUGGAACCCCUAAAGCUUCAGAGAUGAAACUAAUGGAUGAUUUUGCUGAAAUGGAAAAGCUUGCUAUGGUUGCAAGCACAAUCGACAACCGACCUGGAAGUUCUCAUAUUUGUUCUUCUGAUUCCGUUUCAGCUACUGGUCCGGUAGAGAACGAAUCUAAUGAAACUUCAUCAGAGACAACAAAAACUCCUGGAGAAGAUUAUUCAUUAAAUCCUGUUGUAUCUCCCCAAGAUGAUUUAAUGAGUAAAUUACCUCAGUCUCUUCAUACCGUAGUGAAAGCGAUAAUGGAGUACAAGCGUCUUGCGCAGAGAAACACUGAUGAAGCACUUGAAGAUAUCAGAAAAGCUUUGUCAAGUGUAAACCAUGAGGAGACUAAAAAUCUCACUGUGGAUGAUAGACCAGAUAUGGAGUGUGAUAUCAGCAAAUCGAUUCAUAGUAUCAUUGAAAUUAUCGAAGGAGUCAGCUUAAAAGAUGAAAGUCAUGUGUCCAACGGA